CGAAGACGCGCGGGAAGGCCAGUCCGCACGCGCGCGCCGUCCGGAGCGCACGAGCGAGGGACCGCACGCGAGUUUUCUUUUCGCGCGCGCCGGGGCCCGGCGGCGGAGCGGAGGCGCGCGUCGAGGAGGCAUCGCGGGUCGAGCGGAGCCGCGAGCGCGCCUAAAUCGAGGAAUUGGAAUUCUCAAUUCCCCGUCCGACGCCGCGGAGACCAUGGGGUCCGGGGGCAUCGGCAAGAAGAAGCAGGCCGACGUCCCCGCGGACGGCGGCAUCGACAAAGUCCGCCUCGUCUACGUCGAGCUCGUGCACAACAACGCGCCGUUCGAGGAGCUCUUCCAGAUCGACUUCGGCGGGUGGCGCGCGUUCUUCCGCGCGGUGAAGGACUUCGCGGAGGACCCGACGAGCGCGCUGAGCGAAUGCAUCGCGACCGGCAUACUUCAAAAGAACGGCAUCGCGUUCAAGGACUGGGGCAAGAAAGUCCGCGAGCGAUCCCCGGCGUUCAAAGAGCAGUUCAACAGGUUCAUUCACCUCCCCGCGGUGCGAUACGCGCUCGCGACGGACCUCGGCAUGGACCCCGCGGCGACCGACCUCACCGACGCCGACGGCAGAAGCGGGCCCGGCGGCCCGUCGAUGAACCCGGCCGCGAUCCGGGACCGCGACCGGUACGAACCCGCGAACGAUUCCUACGACGAGCGGGCCGGCGCGGGAGGAAGCCAGCAGCCGCGGCGCCCGUACUCCCCGUCCGAGGGGGGUUACACGGCGAACGCGGAUUCAUCAAUGCCAGCCGAGUCUCGGUAUCACGCGAGGAAGCGCGCGGAUCCGGACUCGCCGACGUCGCCGAUGCUCGACCGGCUCGAGAUGCUCCUGUCGUCCUCCCCCGUGGAUGGACCAGACUCCCCCAUCGAGCGGCUGCAGCGGACGCUGGACGAGAAGGACCCGGAGCCGCCGCGCGGGACGGCGGCGCUCGGCGCGGGGCCGGCGACGGCGCGGCGGCAGUUCGCGGGCGCGGGGUACGCCGCGAUGGCCGCGCGGUCGCCGCCGCCGCCGCCGACGACGACGACCGGUGGCGGCGCGCUGGACGUGGACACCGCGCUCGCGGCGGCGACGGUGACGUCGCCGAACGGCUCUGUCGGCGGCGGCGUGCGAAACGUGUCCACCCCAGGCGUGCCGGGGAACCUCGUCCAGGUGGACGUCAGCGACACGCACGUCACCGUGGAGUUUCACCGACGACGCGUCAGCGCGUACCUCGCCGGGUUCAAGAAUCUCCUGUUGAACCUCCGCGAUCACAUCUCGAGCAUCGAGCGCGCGGACGUCAUGCACGUCGCGCGGACCGUGGAGGAGACGAACGCUCGGCUGGACGUCGCCAUGGAGAAGAUCGAUCAGAUGACGGCGGCGGAGGAGGCGACGCACCCGGGGCGGGAGGAGGUGGACGGGUACGCGGCGAGCGAGCUCGACGCGUACUCGCCGUGACGCGACGACUACUUGCCGUGGCGUGACGAAGCGGCGAGGCGAGGCGAGGCGCGACGGGCGGGGACGGCGCGUCGCGCUCGCUCGGGGCUGUGGUGUUUAACGCUA